GCGCUGCUUCCUGAGUGAUCCCGGAGUUGCUGCCGCUCUCGCCUCCAGUUUCCCGCAGGCGACAUGGAGGAGGAGGAUGAGGAGGCGCGGGCGCUGCUGCCCGGCGGCUCCAACGAGGCGGGCAGAGGAACUCCUGCCGCCCCCCGCGCUCUGCCAGCCCUGUGCGACCCCAGUCACCUGGCGCACCGGCUCGUGGUGCUGCUGCUGAUGUGCUUCCUCGGCUUCGGCAGCUAUUUCUGCUAUGAUAAUCCCGCUGCCCUUCAGACUCAGGUGAAACGGGACAUGCAGGUGAAUACUACAAAAUUCAUGCUACUGUAUGCCUGGUAUUCAUGGCCCAAUGUAGUCUUGUGUUUCCUUGGUGGCUUUUUGAUAGACCGAGUAUUUGGAAUACGGUGGGGCACAAUUAUUUUUAGCUGUUUUGUUUGCAUCGGACAGGUUGUUUUUGCUCUGGGUGGGAUAUUUAAUGCCUUUUGGCUCAUGGAAUUUGGAAGAUUUGUGUUUGGGAUUGGUGGGGAGUCCUUAGCAGUUGCCCAGAACACAUAUGCUGUGAGUUGGUUUAAAGGCAAAGAAUUAAACCUGGUGUUUGGACUCCAGCUUAGCAUGGCUAGAAUUGGGAGUACAGUGAACAUGAACCUCAUGGGAUGGUUGUAUGCUAAGAUCGAAGGUUCGUUGGGCUCUGCUGGUCACACAACCCUUGGGGUCACACUUAUGAUUGGGGGUAUAACGUGUAUUCUUUCACUGAUCUGUGCCUUGGCCCUUGCUUACUUGGAUCAGAGAGCAGAGAGAAUCCUUCACAAAGAACAGGGGAAAACAGGUGAAGUUAUUAAACUGACUGACGUCAAGGACUUCUCCUUACCCCUGUGGCUCAUAUUUAUCAUCUGUGUCUGCUAUUAUGUUGCUGUGUUCCCUUUUAUUGGGCUCGGGAAAGUUUUCUUUGCAGAGAAAUUUGGAUUUUCUUCCCAGGCAGCAAGUGCAAUUAACAGUGUUGUAUAUGUCAUAUCGGCUCCCAUGUCCCCGAUAUUUGGGCUCCUGGUGGAUAAAACAGGGAAGAACAUCAUCUGGGUUCUGUGUGCGGUAGCGACCACUCUUGUGUCCCACGUGAUGCUGGCCUUUACGAUGUGGAACCCCUGGAUUGCAAUGUGUCUCCUGGGAAUCUCCUACUCAUUGCUUGCCUGUGCAUUGUGGCCAAUGGUGGCAUUUGUAGUUCCUGAACAUCAACUGGGAACUGCAUAUGGCUUCAUGCAGUCCAUUCAGAACCUGGGACUGGCCAUCAUUUCCAUCAUUGCAGGCCUGAUACUGGAUACUCGGGGGUAUUUGUUCUUAGAAGUUUUCUUCAUUGCCUGUGUUUCCUUGUCACUUUUAUCUGUGGUCUUACUCUAUUUGGUGAAUCGUGCUCAAGGUGGGAACCUAAAUUAUUCUGCGAGACAAAGGGAAGAAAUGAAGCUUUCUCAUACUGAGUGAGAAGUUUGAAUGACUGUGCCAUGAGAAUGGCCUGUACACAUCAUUGGUUUGAAAACCUCCAUUUUUUAAAAUUUAGAGUUUAGUCAUUAGAAAAGAAUCAUCAUAUCAUCAUGAAUACAUUUUAGACAGUUUUUAAAAUUCCUUUAGGAAAAAAUAUCGUGGACUGGAAAGUUACAUUUGUAUUUCAAAUACACCUAUAUCAAACUGUUAUAGCCCCUGCCUUUUUGUACUGUGCGUUGCUGAAGAAUUUGACUUUUUUUUUUUUUGUUGAGUUGGAGUCUCACUCCUU